GAUCUCAUUUUGUCCUCUGGUUCGAGACCCCGACACUCGGGGGUCAUCACAGGGGCUGAAUGGGUUCAUAGAGGCGGCUGGACUCGGACAAGGACGCAGAUGAGAGCGCGCGUGCUAAUUGGAAAAACCUGGUGAAGCAAUUAAGCGCGAGGAGAGACCCGGCGCGUGGCGGACGCACACGAUCUGAUUUAGCACUCCUGUUCCCUUGGCACCAUGAGUUGGAGUUUCCUAACGCGUUUGCUGGAUGAGAUCUCGAACCACUCCACAUUUGUGGGGAAGAUCUGGCUCACGAUUCUCAUCGUCUUCCGCAUCGUCCUGACGGCCGUUGGUGGUGAAACCAUCUACUAUGAUGAGCAGAGCAAAUUUGUCUGCAACACACAACAGCCUGGAUGUGAGAAUGUAUGCUACGAUGCAUUUGCGCCUCUCUCACACGUCAGAUUCUGGAUUUUUCAGGUGAUCAUGAUCACCACCCCGACCAUCAUGUACCUGGGCUUUGCCAUGCACAAGAUUGCGCGUAUGGAUGACUCUGAGUACCGGCCUGUUAGGAAUAAGAAGAGGAUGCCCAUAAUCAGUCGCGGGGCGGUGCGUGACUAUGAAGAAGCAGAGGACAAUGGAGAGGAAGACCCGAUGAUUGCUGAGGAGAUCGAACCAGACAAACCAGACAAAGGAGAUAAAAGCACAGAGAAGAAGCACGAUGGUCGACGUCGGAUUUUGCGCGAUGGCCUGAUGAAAGUCUACGUCUGUCAACUGCUGUGGCGCUCUGCCUUCGAGGUCGCCUUCCUCUUUGGUCAAUACAUUCUCUACGGCUUGGAGGUGAUACCUUCUUAUGUGUGCACCCGAUCACCGUGCCCCCACACAGUGGACUGUUUUGUGUCCCGCCCUACUGAGAAAACCAUCUUCCUGCUGGUGAUGUACGUCGUCUCGUUCCUUUGCCUCCUACUCACAGUCUUGGAAAUCAUCCACUUGGGGGUCAGUGGGAUCCGGGACACUUUUCGCAAGCGCGCAGCCCACAACUCUCGUACCCACCGCCCGUCAUCUGCACGCUCUAUACCCACGGCCCCACCAGGAUACCACGCCACCAUGAAGAAAGAGAAACUGAAAGGGGAGCUGAGAGACUUGCCCAUGGGUGACUCUGGACGGGAGAGCUUUGGGGACGAGGGGCCCUCUUCCAGGGAGCUGGAGCGGCUGAGAAGACACCUAAAGUUGGCCCAGCAGCAUCUGGAUCUAGCGUACCAGGCGGAUGAAGGAAGUCAUUCUCGCAGUAGCAGCCCAGAGGUCCACACAGCUGCACAAACGGCUGCUGAGCAGAACCGCCUCAACUUUGCCCAAGAGAAGCAGGGAGAAUCAACUGAGAAAGGAAUCCGCGCCUGAGCGUGCUUCCUGCCUCUGACGUCCGUCCUUGGUUCCUACUGGCCUUAAACACAUGGUGGAAGCACAUAUGGGAAUGCAGUCAGACCACUGAGGGAGACCAGAACGUGUGUGAGCGCGUGUGAACGGGAGAAUUGUGCCUUUCAGUAUUAGCGGUCAGUCCCAAACAGAAUGCUGACGGAGCCGUUUAAAUGAUUUAAUCUCCAUGACUCUAAACUUGAAAUCCUGCCACAUCUGGAGGUUUAUUUUUUAUUUCCUGCUUCAUCCCAACCUUAGCCGUGCCUUCGGGUAAAUCCCAUAUACACCUUGUUCUUUUGCCCGCUUUUGUUGUAGUGGCCAUGCAAUAAAACCCUCAUCCAUGUAAGGACUGUUCUAAGCUUUAAACUUAUUUUGUUCACAAAAGGCUCAUUCUCUUUAUGAACUGUCACUGAAUGUUGUCUCUUUGAGGCUUGCUGUACGGAGUCUAAAACGUUACAUCUGUAUCUUCUGAGCGUGUGCAGCAGCUUUUAGUGGUUGAAGGUUGAUUUAACCCAGUCUUUAAUGAUUACGUUCAAAUUUUGCAAGACAUGACAAAUGUCUCAAGGAUAUUUAAAAAUCUGUACAUGUACUUCAAAUCGGCCAACAUCUAGACCUGGGCAAUGCUUGAAUACUUCUCUGAAGUCUACUUUGCAGAAAUCAACCAGUUUGUCAUUUAAACCAGUUCCUUUAACCAAUCUGUUCCUACUGGUUUUGCCACAGCAGCGUUUAAUCCAUUGUCACCUUUACAGCUUUACAAAUGGGAUGUUUGUAGAAUCCUGUUUUAGUUUUAGAAAAUAUUCAUAACUAUUUGGAAAAAGGCUCGUGGAUCACAAGAUGGCACCAACUUUUUUUUGAGUCGUUUUCCAUUUUAACAAGCUUCAGUUAGUUAUUGCUGUAGUUAACCAGGGUGGGAGGUUUCUGCUCCAUCCCGACGCGUGACCGGUAGUUUUUCAUACAGUAGUUGUGACUUUUCACUUGGUUUUACAAUCAGCGGCUGCAGAAGUACCAAAGGUUAGCUUGAUGCUGCGUUCCUAUCAUCUCACUUCCACUUGUGAAACAUUCCGUUCUGAUUAUGGUACUCCUUCAUACCUUUUUGGGUUUUCCUGUUGCAAGUUUUGUAGUUUUUGUAACUGUAGAGAUUAUUUUUGUCUUAAGAGUAAAUAAAUAUAUUUGAAUUAAA